CCAGAUCAUGUCAGGGUGUUUGUGCCGGCCUCCAGGCGUGGUAAAUUUCUACACAGCGAAGGUCAGGGACAGGCCACCUCGGCGCGGACCCGGGGACCCGAGCGGGCGGCGGGAAAGGUGCGGAUGGCCGCGCAGCGCGGAGACAGGCGGUGGGGCCGGCGGCCGGCAGCCUAUUUAGGGCAGAGCGUCUGCGGGAGCGGCCGGGGCUGCGCUUAUGGCUGCCCCGGGGGACGAGGUGCUGGACGGCUACAUGUACCCGGCGUGCGUCCCCUACUCGUACCCGUACCCCUACCCACCCACCGCCAAGGGCAAGGGCGAGGCGGGCGGCUGGCGGCACCGGGGCGGGGGCUACGCUCCCGCGUCCUCCUCCUCGUCGUCCUCCUCUGCCGGGGCGGCCUUGCCGGCUUUCCCGGGCUGCGGGCAGCUGACGGCCGCCGAGUAUUUCGACAGCUACCAGCGGGCGCAGCUCAUGGCCCUCCUGUCGCAGGUGAGCCCGGACCUCGGCCCGCGGCCCCGCAGGGCCAGCAGCCGGGACGUGGCGGUGCAGGUGAACCCGCGCCGCGACGCCUCGGUGCAGUGCUCGCUGGGGCGGCGCACGCUGCUGCGCAGGGUCCGCGACUCCGGCCCCCCGGCCGGGCCCGGCACCGACGGCGCGGCGGGCGCGGGCGGCUCGGGGUCCCCGCAGUCGGCGCGCCGGGGCCCCGAGCAGGGCAGCCCCCCGAGCGGCGCCCCUCGGACCGUGCGCUUCCCGCGCACCGUCGCCGUGUACUCGCCCGUGGCCUCCCGCCGCCUCACCACCUUCCUGGACGGGGCCGACGGCGCGGCGGGGGAGCAGCGGCCCGGGGCGCCCGAGGGAGAGCGAAGGACCCCGCCUCCGAGGCCCCGAGGCCCCGAGGAGGGAGAGGGGUCGGCGAGGAAGGCGCCCCAACGGUCGCAGUCCGAGGAGGAGGAGGGGGACGACGACGCGGCCCAGGCCGCGGUGCGGGAGAGCUGGGAGCCGCCGGGCGCCGGGCUGCAGCCGCGGGAGGCCCGGGGUGACGAGGCGGCCCCGCGCCGCGCGCCCAGGGGUCCGGAGCAGUCCUCGCCGGUGGGGCAGGCCCGGGACGCCGCGGGCCAGAGGUCGUCGCCGCGGGGCCCCGAGCAGGCCAAGGAGAGGCCGCGCUUCCAGUUCUUAGAGCAGAAGUAUGGCUACUAUCACUGCAAGGAUUGCAACAUCCGAUGGGAAAGUGCCUACGUGUGGUGUGUGCAGGGCACCAACAAGGUUUACUUCAAGCAGUUCUGCAGAACUUGUCAGAAGUCUUAUAACCCUUACCGAGUGGAGGAUAUCACGUGUCAAAGUUGUAAACAGACUAGAUGCUCCUGCCCUGUAAAACUCCGCCACGUUGACCCUAAGAGGCCCCACCGUCAAGAUUUGUGUGGGAGAUGCAAGGGCAAACGCCUAUCCUGUGACAGCACUUUCAGCUUCAAAUACAUCAUUUAAAUGAAUGUAAACGGAUGGGCCAACUUGAACGUGAGCUAGUGAAGCAGACACGUUAGCUUUUUUCCGUGCUCCUUCCUUAUGCCUCUCCUUCUCAAAAUACUUCACGAAAGGCUGUAUUUUUGACAUAGCCUUCAAAUAAAAGUAUUGCAAAACAA